AUGAAAGACUUUCUUCCCUUCAUGGUCCUUGCAGUCCUUUUACUGGUGCACAGCUCCCAGGCAGUCUACAUUCAGGAUGGAGACUUGAAAUUCUCCCUUGAGUCCGUGAAGAAGCUAAAGGAGCUUAUGGAUGAGAACAGACACUUUAACCCUCACGUGGCAGUUUCAAUGGCUAGCUAUUCUCCGUGUGAUGAAAAAGAUCUCCCUGAGGAGUUUCAACAUGCAUGCAAAAGAGAAGAUGCAUCCAUGAUUUUCGAGAGGCUGUGUCUGGCUGUCCGAGAAGAAGAUUUAUGUGAAAUCUGUGCCAAUGCUGCCUGUGCUGGUUGCUUUUGA